AUGAGCCUCAGGGGGACCACAGGCGACAACACGCGCCUGCUUGGGCAGGCUCUUGAGGAGGAGGAGGAGGAGGAGGAGGAGGAGGAGGAGGAGGAGGAGGAGGAGGAGGAGGAGGAGGAGGAGGAGGAGGAGAUGCAGGCGGAGGGCGUCAAGGAGGUGGCCGUGGCAACCGGCCUGGAGGUGCUAUACCAGGAGACCCCCAACUACCGCGGAGCGGCGGCCGAGGCUGACCGCAUGGCCGAGCCAAGGCAGGCCACGUAA